AUGAAUGAGCCCGAAAAACAAACGCAGGAUGCUCAAUUCUCAAACACCAGUACCGAUACCGAAUCUCACUCCCAGACUCCACCCCCCAAUCCAACAAAUCCCGAACCCCCUCCGGAUGGGGGAUUCACAGCUUGGCUGCACGUUUUUCUCACGCAUCUCGUCUUUUUCAAUAGUUGGGGUUUCGCAAACAGUUAUGGGAUUUUUCAGGAAUACUAUUCCGUCAGUCUAGCUCAAACUUCUUCAUCCAUCGCUUGGAUCGGCAGCGUUCAAGUGUUUCUCCUAUUAUUCGUCGGAGUGAUAGGUGGUCGAGCGUCAGAUGCUGGCCAUUUCAAUCUCGUCUUUAGAAUUGGUGUAUUCCUACAAUUACUGGGUGUCUUUAUGACAUCCUUAUGUAAGAGCUACUGGCAGGUAUUUCUGGCUCAUGCGGUCUGUGUUGGUUUAGGGAAUGGAUUGUCGUUUUGUCCUGCUCUGUCUGUUUUGUCGACGUAUUUUAAGAGGAAUAGGGUGUUAGCCGUGGGUCUUGCAGCGGCGGGAGGAGCAAGUGGAGGUUUAGUGUAUCCGGCUGCCGUGCAUGUACUGAUUGGAAAAGUUGGGUUCGCGUGGACGUUGAGAAUCGUAGGGUUCAUUAUGUUUACAGCUCAUAUCCCUUCACUUCUUUUCUUUAAACCAAGAUUACCUCCUUACAAAGCGGGUGCGUUUGUAGAAUGGGCGGCAUUCAAAGAACCUGCAUAUACCUUUUUUACCAUGGGAAUGUUCCUGAAUUACUGGGGUCUGUAUUUCGCUUUUUUCUAUCUGGGAACAUUCGCUCGCGACCGCUUGGGCGUUACGACUGAAACCUCUGUCAAUCUCCUAAUGAUUUUAAAUGGGAUUGGAAUCAUCGGACGCAUUAUCCCAAACCUCAUCGGAGAUCGGAUCACUGGACCCUUCAACAUCCUCACCCCAUUCAGUUUUGCAGCAUGCAUUUUAGUUUAUUGUUGGGCGGCUGUCGAUUCAAUAAGUGGAAUAAAUGCUUUUGCCAUUAUAUAUGGAUUUAUUGCAGCUGCCUUGCAGGCGCUUCUUCCGGCUACUGCUACAACAUUGACGGCAGAUCCAAAGAAAACGGGGGUGAGGUUGGGUAUGAUUUUCAGUGUUGUUAGCUUUGCGUGUUUGACUGGGCCACCGAUUUCCGGUGCGCUGAUUCAGGUUGGAGGAGGAAGUUAUCUUUAUGCGCAGAUCUUUGCUGGAACGUCGAUUGCGCUGAGUGGAUUGUGUCUUGUAGCUUCGAGGGUAUCGAAGUCUGGAUGGAAUUGGGUUAAGGCCUAG